GUGGAACCAUGUUGGGGCUGCCCCAAGACGAGACAGGGCUGGACAGACCAACAGCCAAUCAGGUCACAGAUGCUGUAACCUCAACAAAUAAAGUUCCACAGCAAGAGUGCCACUGUAGUUUGUUCCCUGAGAGAUCAAGCUGGUUUCCUUAUCUCCUGUCCAUCGUUUCCUCAUCUCAAGACAUCAUGAAGGUGGCAUCAUUCAAUGUUCAAAAAUUUGGGAGAACCAAGCUCUCUGAUCCAGACGUAUGCAACAUUCUUGUCAAGAUUGUUUCACGUUACGAUGUCGUUGUGAUUCUGGAGGUGGUUGAUGCAUCUGGAGAUUCAGUUGACAGCUUCAUGGAGGCCCUUAACAAGGAGAAUAAGGAACAUCAUUACACCUUAAAAAUCAGCAGUCGCCUGGGCAGAAGCCGCUAUAAGGAGCAGUUUAUGUUUUUAUACAGGGACGAUCUGGUGGAUUUAGUGGACUCAUACCAGUAUGCAGACAAGCAGGCUGGAGAGGUGGACGUGUUUGAGCGGGAACCCUACAUUCUACGCUUCCGCUGCCUCAAUACUGUGCUUAAAGACCUAGUUAUGAUCCCUGUACACACCAAGCCAAAAGAUUCAGAGAAGGAGUUGGAUGAGAUCUAUGAUGUUUUUCUGGAUAUUAAGAAGAAAUGGAAGACAGAUAAUGUCAUGAUAUUAGGUGACUUCAAUGCAGAUGGGUCUUAUGUAUCCAAAAAAGACAUGAAGGAAAUCCGCAUUCGCAGUGAUAAGAACUUUCACUGGCUCAUAAGAGAUGAUGUGGACACCACUGUAAACAAAGGCAAUGAUCACACCUAUGACAGGAUUGUGGUUUAUGGAAAUGACAUGCUGGAAGCUGUGGUCCCAAACUCUGCCAAACCGUUCAAUUUCCAAGCAGCUUAUGGACUUUCUACUGAGCAGGCCCUGAAAGUGAGUGACCACUACCCAGUGGAAGUGGAGCUGAGAAGAAGGGCAUCAACACACCAGCGUACCGGGGAACAAAAAGCUGUUGACGAGACCAAACUGUUGGACUUCCCAGGGUGGAGAGAGGACCUACAGGAGAUAAAGAAGGGAAACCUUCUGCUUGAGCGCGAGAAGCUGAGCUUGGAGAUUCAGAUGCUAAGGCUUAAAAUGGCCAAGCUGGGGCACCAGGAUGCCCAUUAGAUGCCUAUACAUCUCAGUGGUCCACUGCUGUUACAUGUAGUGCAAGUACAGUGCUAGACCCAUGCUAUUAAUAAACAACGUUUUGUUCAAUCAGUCACACUACUUUACAAAUGUGAAGUUUUGCUAGAUGCCAAGAAAUUUAUUUUUAAUUUCUCUUCACAAGAGACAUGAAGUCAUCCUGUUAUGUGUAUUAAAAAUAUUCCAAAUCUGGACCCAAAUAAAAAGUGGGAAAUUACUCUGAGGUAUUCCCCAGGUUUUUUAA